ACCCUUUACUCCCCUCUCUCGCUCGUUUCGAACGCUGCGCAAAAGCUCCCGAGGUCGACAAUGGCGGGGGCCGGAGGAGAAGGAGGACGACGACGACGAUGGGAUGCGAGGGAUUGGGACGAAGAAGGCUAUAGGCGGAGCGUCCUCACGGAGAGGGAGAUCGUCUCUCGCACCGUCUUUAGAACCGCGUUCGCUCCCUCCCAAAACCCUAGCCCCAAAACCCUAGUCGUCGCCUCGAGCGACGGAUCCCUCGCCUCCUACUCCAUCUCCUCCUGCAUCUCCUCCUCCCAUUCCCAGCCUAUGCAUUUUAGUAGGAAAGUUGAUCAACAGCAUCUUUAUGAAUCUUCAUCUGUGGAUCCACUCUGCAUCAUUCAAGGGCACAAAGGCCCUGCAUAUGAUUUAAAAUUCUUUGAGGAUGGAGAGGAAUCUUUGUUAUUGAGUUGUGGUGAUGAUGGCAGGAUACGAGGCUGGAGAUGGAUUGAAGUACUAAGUUCUGAUGUUCCUCUUUCUCUUCAAGGUAACCAUCUGAAGCCAAUACUUGACUUUGUGAACCCUCAACAUGAAGGUCCUUGGGGCGUCCUUUCUCCGGUACCUGAAAAUAAUGCCAUUGCAGUUAAUAAGCAGGAUGGUUCCAUUUAUUCAGCCUCUGGUGAUGCAUGCGCAUAUUGUUGGGAUGUGGAGACUGGCAAAUGUAAAAUGAUCUUUAAGGGGCAUUCUGAGUAUUUGCAUAGCAUUGCAGUUCGAACAUCAAGCAACCAGAUCAUAACAGGUUCAGAGGAUGGAACAGCCCGGAUAUGGGAUUGCAGAAGUGGAAGAUGUACUCAAAUAUUAUACCCAGACAAGAAUCGUAAGCUCAAGGAGUCUGCAUGGGUUAGUUCCAUUGCCAUCGACACAAGCGAAAGCUGGAUGGUUUGUGGCACUUCUAAUAGUCUAUCAGUUUGGAGCUUGCUGUCAAAUGAGUGCAUUUUUAGUGUAGAUUGCCGUGCUCCUGUUCAGGAUGUACUUUUUCAUGGGAACCAAAUUCUAGCAGUUGGUUCAGAGCCUCUGCUCUCACGUUUCACAUUAGAUGGGUCGAUUCUUUCACAAAUAAAGUGUGCUCCUCAUUCAGCCUUUUGCAUAUCAGUUCAUCCAUCUGGGGUAACAGCCGUUGGCGGCCACGGUGGACUGGUCGAUGUGAUAUCCGAAUUCGGGAGUCAUUUGUGCACAUUUUGCUGCCGAGGCUUGGAUAUCUACGCAUGAGCCUCGGCGACGAUAACGAGGGCGACGCCAUUCUCUCUUCCUCCAUCUCCUUCUCCACCGGCGCCAGCGGCCCUCAGCGAUAGCAAAGAGGGCGGCGCCACCUCCUUCGCUUUUGUCAGUGCCGAAGAAGGAGAAGGAGAAUUCAAAACGGACCCGGGUGAGGGCGGAGCGGACGGAGGCGAUGGGGUCAUUGUUGAGGAGAUGCUCGCUGCCCAUGAGGGUGAGGAAAAAAAACGCGUUCAUCUUCAAGGAGCGAAUAAAAAUUUAGAGGUUGAAAAAGUAAGAAUAAAAAGUAAAAAAAAAA